GGGAAUCUCUUCAUGACUCUCUGCUGACACCUGCUGGACGUCUGCAGAACAUAAAACACAAAUGAGGUGUUACUGUAUAGAAGUUUGCAGUAUUCAAACUAUUCAGAUGUGAGCUAGGCCAAACAGACAGUGAUGGGCAAACGACCUGGAAAAUGUAUUAAGCUAAGCUACAAGUUACUCUCCAUUAAAUGUAGCUAAGCUAUCCUCAGAGAAUUGUAGCAAGCUACACUACACGCUACACUGCAAAAGUAGCUUGCCACAUCAAAGCUACAUUUAACAGCAUUUCUAUCUAUUGGCCCACAUGUAUAAUAUCAGUGUUAAUGUAACUGAGAGUGUACACAUGGACCCAGUGAGAGAACUACAUGUCUUCAACUCAUCACUGAGCUUGUUCCACCACUUAACUCCUAAAACUGUGAUACAUUUGCAUUUUAUAUUCCUUCUUACUUUACCUAUUUCAAAAAUCAAUAUUCCCCAUAAAUGAUAGUUUUCUCCUCUUAAUUGAAAUAACCUAAUAAUACAAGCUGGAAGACUUUUGCUGUAAACAUUUCCACAAACUUCAACACAAUAUGUUAAAUAUGGAAAAAUAAAAGAAUAAUAUAACUGUUGAGAGGGGCGUGGCCUACGCGUUCCCUGCGGGCGGGGCGUGUGCAGGGGCCGACCAGGAAGCAGCAUACAGGUGAGCAGAUACCUCAGCUGGAGCGAGUGAUCCAAUCACCUGUUCCCUUCAUCAGCAGCGUUGGAAAUCUUGAGGGGAAAGAUGAUGAGAGUGACGGAGAGAGAAAGACACACACGGCGAGAUACAGUGAACAAACUGGAGAGCAUUGGACUGAUGCAGUUGCAUGUACUGCCAUCAAUAAAAGUGUAAAUCACUGAGACCGAGUGUGGUGAUUCCAGCCAAACAACGGGGGAUCUGGGACAGAGACCUUCCACAGUGGCGCGCAACUAAGGAAGAAUCCAGGAAAGAUGUCGGCACCAACCCCCCUGGAAGCGCUUGGACAAGUGCUGGCGCAAGUAUCAGCAGCAAGUCAGCAACAAUCGCGACUGUUAAAACGCUAAUGGACAAGGCGGAAGCGGGAGGGAUGUCAGCCAUGAAACGCAUGGUAGAGGGGGAGGAUCCUCAAACAUUCCUGGACAUGUUCGAGGCGACAGCGACGUCAAACAGGUGGCCGGAAGAAGAGUGGAGAGCAAAACUGCUGCCGCUCCUGGUGGGGGAGGCGCAGCGGGUGGUGUUGCGUCUCCCGGCAUCUGCCCGCCUGCAAUACACCAACCUCCGUUAAGCCAUCCUGGACCGGAUCGGCAGCAGCCCCGGGGAUCACAGACGCAGAUUUAGAGCGAUGACACUGGAGCCAGAAGACCGAGCGUUCGUGUUCGCCUACCGGCUGAGGGACGCAGCGACCCGGUGGCUCCGGCCCAAUGGACAGGAUCCAGGUGUGCUGGAAAGCAUCGUUUUGGAGCGGUUCCUGGACGCCAUCCCAGCUAGGACAUCAGCGUGGGUGAGAUACCACAGCCCCCCGAGCGUAAAAGCAGCGGUGAGGUUGGCGGAGGAACACCUAGCAGUGCAGAGGGAGGCAACCCCGAGGACGGCCGCAGGAUCCACCCCCCGCGAUGGGGGGGUGUGGAGAGGGCCAGAUCACCCGGGCAUAAAGACCAGGUUCCCAGUGCUGCGGCGAGAGGGCUUCCCUCGCAGAGGGCACCUCAACUUCCAGGGCUGGUGUGCUGGGGGUGCAGACAACCCGGUCACGUGCGCAGGGAUUGCUCCAUGAUGGAGGUGGGGCAGGCAAUGCGGGUUGUCGAGCCGCCCGCACCCGCCCCCGAUCCAGGAGAGACAUACUACGUCCCGGUAAGAGUACAAGGGGGUACAUAUCGGGCGAUUGUGGACUCGGGCUGUAAGCCGUCCCUGAUCCACCAAAACCUGGUUCGACCCGAUGGCUGAACAUUUGGGGUAUGACAAGACACUUAAUUGGGUCAUGGUCCAAUUUUAUUGGCCAGGCCUCCGGGGGGAUGUGCGCUGGUGGUGCGCAGCCUGGCCGGACUGCCAGCUGGUGAAUCCAGCGGCCACCCCACGGGCAUUGUUGCGCCCAUUAUCGCUCAUAGAGGUUCCAUUCGAGAGAAUUGGCAUGGACCUCAUCGGACCAUUUCACCCGAGUACAUCGCUUUGUUUUACCUCAACGCGGUAUCCCGAAGCAAAGCCUUUGCGCCCUAUCUCCGCCAAAAGUGUAGCGCAAGCACUGUUUCAGGUCAUCUCCCAAGAUGGAAUCCCAAAAGAGAUUCUGACUGAUCGGGGCACGUCCUUUAUGUCACGCACCAUAAAAGAACUGUACGGAUUAUUGGGGGUAAAAGCGAUCCGCACCAGCGUGUACCUGCCACAAACGGAUGGACUGGUGGAGAGAUUGAAUAAAACGCUGAAAACAAUGAGCCGUAAGUUUAUGCACAAGAACAAACAGAUUUGGGUUGAAUGGUUGGAUCCCCUUAUGUUUGCGAUGCAGGAGGUACCCCAGGCCUCACUUGGUUUUGCACCGUGUGAGUUAUUGUACGGCCGGAGGCCUCGCGGGGUCUUGGACAUCAUUAAAGAAAGCUGGGAGGAGGGUCCAAGCUCCAGCAAAAAUUAGUUACAGUACGUCCUUGACAUGCGAGCAAAACUCCACCAGGUGGGGCACUUGUCACGCGGGAAUUUACUCCGUGCCCAAGAGCGUCAGCGGCGCACAUAUAACCGGGGAACCCAACUGCAUAAAUUUACACCGGGAGAGAAAGUGCUUGUAUUGCUUCCAACUUCAAGCUCUAAAUUACUUGCAAAGUAAGCAAUUUGUCGAAAAGCUUUAGAACAACAUUUCUCAACGAGCUAUGGCAAGGAAUUUAGGGAUUUUACCAUCUACGGUCCGUAAAAUCAUCAAAAGGUUCAGAGAAUCUGGAGAAAUCACUGCACGUAAGCGAUGAUAUUACGGACCUUUGAUCCCUCAGGUGGUACUGCAUCAAAAACCCACAUCAGUGUGUAAAGGAUAUCACCACAUGGGCUCAGGAACACGUCAGUAAACCACUGUCAGUAGCUACAGUUGGUCACUACAUCUAUAAGUGCAAGUUAAAACUCUACUAUGCUACGCAAAACCCAUUUAUCAACAAUACCCAGAAACACCGCCGGCUAAGCUGGGCCCGAGAUCAUCUAAGAUGGACUGAUGCAAAGUGCAAAAGUGUUCUGUGGUCUGACGAGUCCACAUUUCAAAUUAUAUUUGGAAACUGUGGAUGUGGUGUCCUCCGGAACAAAGAGGAAAAUAACCAUCCGAUUCUUAUAGGUGCAAAGUUGGAAAGCCAGCAUGUGUGAUGGUAUGGGGGUGUAUUAGUGCCCAAGGCAUGGGUAACUUACACAUGUGUGAUGGUAUGGGGGUGUAUUAGUGCCCAAGGCAUGGGUAACUUACACAUCUGUGAAGGCACCAUUAAUGCUGAAUGGUCCAUACAGGUUUUGGAGCAACAUAUGUUGUCAUCCAAGCAACGUUAUCAUGGACGCCCCUGCUUAUUUCAGCAAGACAAUGCCAAGCCACGUGUUAUAACAGCGUUGCUUCGUAGUAAAACAGUGCAGGUACUUUCCUGGCCCGCCUGCAGUCCAGACCUGUCUCCCAUGGAAAAUGUGUGGCGCAUUAUGAAGUGUAAAAUACGACAGAGGAGAUCCUGGACUGUUGAAGGACUGAAGAACGGGGAAAUAAUUCUACUUUCAAAGUUUCAACAAUUAGUUUCCCAAACGUUUGUUGAGUGUUGUUAAAAGAAAAGGUGAUGUAACACAGUGGUGAACAUGCCCUUUCCCAACUACUUUGGCACGUGUUGCAGCCAUGAAAUUCUAAGUUAAUUAUUAUUUGCAAAAAAAAAAAUGAAGUU